AUGCCACCUCAGAGCUGCAGACUUCCCGAAUGGAUAUCUCUUAAAAAUCCACCCAAUGGUAUCAUCCCCGAUAGCGACGAACUUUUUGCCGCCCUCAAAGAGAUACCAAAACUCCAAGAAUGCACCAGUAUCACCCGAAGCCGUCCGCAUGUGCUAAGGGACAUUAAAUGGUUGGUUAUCGAAGCAGCAUGGACAGGGAAGAGUUUCGUACGCCGGAACUUUGCCGCAGAUUAA